UACAAGUCCGGGAAUUAUAGGGAAAGUAAAUUGUACGGUGACAAAGAGCUUUGGAAUGGGUGUUUUUUUAGCAUAAUUUGCUGAAAUGUUUUAGUUUCUGAAAUUGAAUUUCAAUUGGAACAAUUUAGAAUACAAGACUGGGUUGAAGCCGCAUUUUCCAUUACCUGUCAAUCUUUUGAACUUUGCCUAGCGAACGAUAUUCUUUCUUCACGGUUUGCGUUUCCAACAGUGGCUACGUUGCUAACUAGCCAAUACGCUAUAUCGAAAGCUACCUUUAUUUGUUCACCGUCCUGGGUUGUCUGAAUCGUAGAUCUUGCAUAGGUAACAUAUGCCUGCAUUAGGUGUAAUACGCUGCGCACUAAAAAAAGUUGCUUUCUCUUAUUACUUGAAAUCCCAAGGGAAAUACCGUCAACAAAACGUCGCCCUUUUAACUAAGUUUUUGUUCAUGACUGCACUGUCUAACUGCGAGCCUGUAGAAAAGAAACUGAGGUUGGAGGGCCUCCAUUCACCUGUCAGGCGAGAGGAGAAGCAAAUUAAGUCGGAACAACUCUCCCUCUUUUCAGCAAAAGUACAGAAAGAAGCGCAGCUGAAGGAAUCGAGUUUGUGCGGCCAGAUCAAAGAUAUCGAGAAGACAGCCCAUGCCUGCACUGUGAGAAUGGAAGAAGUGCCAAUGGAAACAGAAAACACAAUAAAUGUGGACCCGACUGGCAAAGGUGAAGUAAAUCUCGAUCCUUUUGGAAGUCCCGCUGUUUUGGAGAACACGAACUGUGAGACGCCGAAUUCCGAGGGAUCGACCGGUGUGCUUCAUGCCAUCCAGGCAAUGUCGGCGAGGGUGCCCAGCUGUGAGGGUAGUCCUAUGCCGGAUGAUUCCAAGCCCAAUGACGGCUUCCCAAACAGCGUGACUGGCUCUCCUGUGGAGGCGUCUCCGGUAACAUGCGGUAUGAGCCCGGGCGGGGGUGCGGGAAUGCAGCAGGAUGUGGCCAUGCUGAGCCCGGAGAGCCCCAUCUGCAGCCCCCCGGCAGAGCUCUCGCAACGGGCCACAGACGCCGGACCGGGCCCUGAGGGCCGAGGCCCUGACACCAGGGACACCGUCAAGGGCUCCAUGGGAGGCGAGAAUGAGAAGCGUGAGACAGCAGGAAAAGGAGGUGCCCGGCGCGACACGAAAAUCACAGAAUUCUUCUCAAGAGUGCCCCCACAGUCUGCAUCUGGGAGCCCGCAGGACUCCUCCCCUCCUGUGGACGCCAGGUGGCUCGGUACCCCGAUUGAAGAGCUCAAGAGGAUGCCCCAGUGCAGCCUACCCCUACCGCCGCUGAAGGUGGCCGAAAACCACACCAUCAUGAUAAGGACCGACCUGCUCCGGGAGGGAGAGGUCCCCGUCCCGUAUCCCACAAAGUUUAAGGAUGCGUGGGAUGAGCUGAAUGUGAAGAUGCCCUGUUCAGACAAGAGCCUCUUUCCAUUGGAUAGCGAGGACGGAAGUGGAGUGCAGAGUCGAUGGGAAUUGAUUCAGAAAGCUCUGAGAACAGAGUUUAAAGGCGUUCAUGGUGUGAAGAGUGCAAUAUUGAAAUACAGCACGGCCCAUUCCAAGAAAUGGGAUUUCAGUGCCAUGAAUAUCCUUUGUACCAAGGUUCUUGAUCCUCAGUCCGUGCAGCAUCUGUUCGGAACCGUCCUGCCAAAGAUGGCGGAGCUGGCCCUGAGCGCAGACAAGCUCUGCACCAAGCCAAUACCGUUGCUUAAGCAGAAGAUGAAUCACUCCAUCACCAUGUCACAGCAACAAAUCGCCUGUCUACUGGCCAAUGCCUUCUUCUGUACGUUUCCACGACGCAACUCCAGGAAGCUGGAGUACGCAAAUUACCCCGACAUCCAUUUGUUCAGGUUGUUUGAAGGUUCUUCCCCGAAGAAGGUGGAGAAGCUCAAAACGCUGUUUUGCUACUUCAGACGGGUUACGGAGAAAGUGCCCACUGGCCUGGUGACGUUUACGAGGCAGAGUGUGACCGAAUUUCCGGACUGGGAAAGCUCUGCGAAGCCCUUGACGAAGCUGCACAUCACGUGCGAGGGCACCAUUGAGAAUGAGGGCUACGGGAUGCUCCAGGUGGACUUUGCCAACCGGAUGGUGGGAGGCGGGGUCACGGGCAAUGGGCUGGUCCAGGAGGAGAUCCGGUUCAUGAUCAACCCCGAGCUCAUCGUGUCGCGCCUCUUCACCGAAGCCCUGGACAACAACGAGUGCCUCAUCAUCACAGGCACGGAGCAGUACAGUAAAUACACCGGCUACGCGGAGAGCUACAAAUGGGCCGGGAGCCACAGGGAUGAAACGCCGAGGGACGAUUGGCAGCGCCGCUGCACUGAGAUCGUGGCCAUAGACGCGCUGAAGUUCAGAAGCUUCUAUGACCAGUUUCAGCCGGAGAAGAUAACCAGGGAGCUGAAGAAGGCUUACUGCGGCUUUGUGCGUCCUGGCGUGAAAAGCGAGAAUCUCCCUGCUGUGGCCACGGGAAACUGGGGCUGUGGAGCUUUCGGGGGAGACUCCAGGUUAAAAGCUCUCCUGCAGAUCCUGGUGGCCUCGGAAGUGAACCGCGAUGUGGCCUAUUUCACCUUCGGGGACGUCGAGCUCAUGAGAGACGUCCACAAGAUGCAUUCCUUCCUCACUCAGAAGAACGUCACCGUGGGGACAGUGUGUCGGCUCGUAAAGCAAUACUACAGCACCGUAUGCGAAGGCUGCCGCACCCCAAGGCCCGAUGUCAGCCUCUACGCUUUCAUCUACAAGCAUGUGCGCUCCUCCCCCACGGCGCCCCCUGGUGACAGCGCUGCCCGCGGACCCGACGGCCCUCCGGAUUGUUGACGUCGCACGGCCGGUCACCUGUGCUCUCCCUGUACUGCACGCUCUUGGUAUUGAGGACUCCUACCUUUUCGUCUUUUAGAUUUAUUUUUGUAUGAUUAUUCAACAUUCAAACUACACCAUAUGCCUUCCCUCAUUUAAUGGACAAAAAAAAAAAGUUGAAUACCAGUUAACUUCUCAAAGAAUUAAAAUAAAUUGUGCAAACAGAACAUGUUGGCCUCCAUCUAUGAUUUUUUAUAUUUUUUUUUGUCUUAAUAUUCUAGCGAGUUUGUGUCUUGACGGAAUGCUAGCAUUGCACAUACAGUGUGUUACUAUAAAAGCCUUUGAUUUUAAUGGGGAGGUAUAUGUUCUCUGGUCUUGUAUGUAUGUAAUCUUUCAUGUUUUACAUCUUGCGAGUUAGCUGUAUUGAACUGCUGAACUUUUAUUAGGAUGAUAAGUAUGUAGAAAGAUCCAAUAUGUCCGGACAGAUUUCCUGCGCACGCUCAGCGUUAUUCCUCAAGGCCCGAGGAUUGUGUAUUGAUGUCGUUUUCCACUCGGGGGCGGUUGUUACCAUUUAGAAGUGAUGUCACACUGGACGGCAGGUCUUGACUCUCGCUGGUGUAUGUUCCAGGCGUUCUCAUGAGACACCCUGUCCUUAAAGUGCUCUGAUGUGAUUUUUCAAAUGAGAUUAUACAGUGAGAGAGGCACAGAUCGCAUUGUAACACGGGAAGCGUCACACAAACUACCAACGGCAGUAUCGUUUCAUAUAUAAUGUCGCAUGCAUGUUUGAUCACUUUCCCCCUGAACCUUAAUUUGUGUUAUUUGGCAAUAAGUGUUAGGGAUUCUUUGGAAUAUUUAAACCUUGUCUUUUCUAUACAUAAUUGAAUAAAUGGUAACAUCUUGUUCAGUAAAA